AUUAUUAUACAUUUCCAUCGAUUAAUUAUUUUAUUUUGAACGACAUUUUAACCUAACCAUCUUAAUUAUUUUUUUUUAAUUGUGGGGUUUUUUUUCUGUUCCCCAGUCAGCUCCAGCUCUAUGAGAGUCGGUCACAUGCUUCCUUGUCAGAGUGGAUACGUUCUCUGAGCUGCGUCUCAUGUGUACUGCGCAUGCGUGAAGAUGUCGCGCAUGCGUGCUGCACACCGGACAGGGACGCAGCAGCUCUUGCAGUGACAGGCAGGCGCUCCUCGUUUCGUGUCCAGCUGCUGGACAGGCGAAAGCUUUUUCACCGGAAGUCCAGCCUUGUGUGGCUGUCACGCUUUUACAGCUGGGGUUUGGUCCAGUAUGGCGGCAGACGGAUGGAAAUACUGAUGACAGUCCGAAAGAUCGCCUCGAUAUGUACGAUGGGCGCCAAUGCCUCAGCUUUGGAGAAGGAGAUUGGACCAGAACAGUUCCCCGUAAAUGAACACUAUUUUGGUCUGGUUAAUUUUGGCAACACCUGCUACUGUAACUCAGUGCUGCAGGCUCUGUAUUUCUGCCGGCCGUUCCGGGAGAAAGUGCUGGCCUACAAGGUGCAGCCACGGCGCAAAGAGAGCCUUCUGACCUGCCUGGCAGAUCUCUUCAACAGCAUUGCUACUCAGAAGAAGAAAGUGGGAGUCAUCCCUCCUAAGAAGUUCAUCUCACGGCUGAGGAAGGAAAAUGAGUUGUUCGACAACUACAUGCAGCAAGAUGCCCAUGAGUUCCUCAACUACCUGCUCAACACCAUCGCUGACCUGCUCCAGGAGGAGAAGAGCCAGGAGCGGCAGCAGAACGGCAAGGUGGUACAGAAUGGAGGAGGAGGAGGAGGAGGAAGUGGAAGUGGGAGCGGGAGCAACACAGGAGAGGCAGAAUCAGCCGAGAAGAACCAGCAGACGUGGGUGCACGAGAUUUUCCAGGGCACACUGACCAAUGAGACACGCUGCCUCAACUGUGAAGCGGUAAGCAGUAAAGACGAGGACUUCCUGGAUCUCUCUGUGGAUGUGGAGCAGAACACAUCCAUCACGCACUGUCUCAGGGGCUUCAGUAACACUGAGACAUUAUGCAGUGAAUACAAGUACUACUGCGAGCAGUGUCGGAGUAAGCAGGAGGCACAGAAAAGGAUGCGUGUGAAGAAAUUACCCAUGAUCCUCGCCUUGCACCUAAAGCGCUUUAAGUAUAUGGACCAGCUGCAUCGCUACACCAAACUGUCCUACCGUGUGGUCUUCCCUCUGGAGCUGAGGCUCUUCAAUACCUCCGGUGAUGCCACCAACCCGGACCGUCUCUAUGACCUUGUGGCUGUGGUGGUGCACUGUGGGAGUGGUCCAAAUCGUGGUCAUUACAUCACUAUAGUGAAAAGUCAUGGCUUCUGGUUGCUGUUUGAUGACGAUAUUGUAGAGAAAAUAGAUGCCCAGGCGAUAGAAGAGUUCUACGGUCUGACGUCUGACAUUUCCAAAAACUCAGAGUCAGGCUACAUCCUCUUUUACCAGUUCAGAGACUGAGCCAGUGGCAGCGUGCGAAUGGGUCCACUUUGGCUUUGUGAAAGUCAGGCUGAGGCCGAAGGCGGGGCUUGGGCUACGUAUGCCCCCGCUUCAGACCCUCUCAGCCGAGCCCCGAGUCAUCCGUAUGAGCCUUUGCACUGGAGCAGCCAGCAAACAGAAGGCAGGAGCAGUUGAUUUCCAGAGUGAUGUGAGUGGCACAGUCAUCUCCAUACAGGCGUAAUGGAAGUUUGGAGGUUUUCAAUCAUUAGUCAUCCCACAGACACACACUCUCCAUCAGUCACAAAGGGGGGAAAAAAAACUCUGAUGGCAUAAAGAUGGGCACUAAGGUUAUGGUUUAUGUGAAACCAGUGAUAUGAGGAGGUUUGACGUUUUGGCAUUCAUUUUCUGCAGGACACUUUGCUUUACACUCUGUCAUGCAGGUGUGUAAUGUAAAAGCUGAUGUUAUUAUGGCGCAGAGCAGAUUACGAUAAAUAGAAUCACCUGUAAACAUCUCGAAAAGGUUGAAGACACUCUCAUUUACUAGACCGUCAUCUGCUGUGAAAACACGGCACGCUUUUUGCCCACUAGGUAUCCAGCUAUUUAUGAUCAUCUCUUGUAACUAGAGUAGGCUUCACGAUAUCAUGUUAUAUGUGGCAAUAAUAUGAUGCACCUCUCGGUGACAUGGCUUGGCUGGUUUAGAGUCAUGUUAUUUUAUUGUGUUUUUCUUUGGAAAGACGUAAGCAAUCAUUCACAGGAUGUUCUUUGGGAAAGAAGCCUGUGGGUUGCCAGCAUUGUGGAACAGAGAGGAUUGUGGGUACGGGCUCAGUGCCGGUACUGUGGUUUAGUAAUAAGGUUGGUUUGAGUUUAGCUUUUGGGAUUGAGCCAUUUACAUUGAGAUGAGCAAAUGCAGUGCUUUGAUUGUCAUGGAGUGCACACUUGGUGGAACACACACUACGACAGUGUGCACUUUGUAGAUUGUAAUAUUAUUUAAUAACGGCACAAUUGGAUACAAAGGCAUCACUUGAUGAUUAUUUAUCGCUAUUGCUGAAUAGUCCUGCGUUUGACGAUUCAUUUCAGCGAGAGAGUUUGUUUCACAAGGGAUCCAGACUUUGCUUUAAAAGACCUGGGUAAUUCAUGGCUUUAAAUGAUUAGCUAGAAUCUUGUACUCAUUAUCUCCAAGCCACUGUUUUCUCCUUCUCUUUGUACUCAGUAAAUAUUUAACUGGAUGUCUUGUGGAGAAAGGAAGUGAAGCAAAGCAUUGCAGGUCAUUUGUUAUGGUGUGGCCAGGAACAUGUUCCCAGAGCAGUCUAACCAAAUGUUAUUCUGAAAAGGCAAAAGAGAAGAGUUAUGGGUCGCCAGAACAGGCUAAAAUUCCCCACAACCAGCCAUGUCUGGAUUUCACAAAAGCAUUGAAGUGCAAAGAACAACAUAGUCAUGUGACAGUAUGAGCUGUUUGUAAUGCUCAUGUGCAGUUGCAGUAAUCCCAGUCUAAGGUCAUUGUAGCAUAGAUACAAUUGGUAAAUAUUGGUUGUUGUGGACUACUUUUUUUUUUUUUUUGUGUGCCUUUGCUAGUAAACAUGUCCAGUCGCUGACAUGAAGGGGGUGUUGGAGGUGAGUGCUGUCCCAUUCUGCUGGUUCCCAGUUGAUUAAUAGGCUCCAUGAGCCAACUUGUGGCUUAUAAACGCGUCUGCAGGAACAUGCACAUACCAGACAUUUUAGAGUCGUUAUCUGACUGAGAAAGGCACAAAUGCCCUCAUAACCUUGCAGCUUAAUAGUACGUUUUAAUUUACUUCCCCAGUCCUUUGUUUGUUCAUCUAGACCUCUUCGUCUGCACAUUAAUAUGAACUCUGUGUGUGUUUUCACUGAGAUAGGGGCUCCAGGAGAAUUUCAAUGAACACACUUAGUUUCUCAUUGCUUCUCGUUUCACUUUUUCCUUUUGGACGAUUUAUCUGUGAGGGUUUUAAACUGACUGUGCUGCUGACUGAAUUCCACAAAUCAUGUAGAAAUAUGUAUUACAGCUGUUAUAAAGCUUGUAUAAAUGUUAUAAAUGGCUGGUAAGAACAGGAAUUUUGCGAAUGAUGAUGCCACACUUUAAAGGAAUAUCCCAGUGUUUUUGUUUGUUUUAUUUUUUAACCCAGUGCUAUUGCCACGGACAAGAACUCCGACAUGUUUCUCUAGUGAAAAAUAAAAGUCAAAAUAUGUUUGUUUAAUGAAACUCGUUUCUAUUGGGAGUCUAAGGGCAAUUCUUCCGGAA